CCAGCUCUAGUUCACCGGCAUGAGCACAUUUACUAAAGAAACGGUGGAUGGGUUGGAUGCUAUUGUGACCGGGAUUUUCGGUAUGUCUUGAACGAUGGUUUGCUUCCAUUCUAACGAAUCCUGAUGCACUCGCUGUAUGAUUCCGGUAGAUAUGCGACGAGUUUAUAUGCAACAUAAGUUAUACGAUUCCGCUCACAAGAGUCAGUAGAUGCAAAGACGGAAGCUAGAUCCAUCAUCGCACUCCUUCUCAUGCUACCCCCAAUGACCCCCCAAUGCAAACACCCACCCGUCUCCGUGGCAUCCCCACACUAUCCACCUUCAUCGGCAGCGACACGGACGCGUUGAUAUUCCGCAAAUUCAGCGUCCUCGCCGCAAGGAACCUGCUCCACCUCCAAAGCCGCAUCAACGAGCUCGAAAGCCAACUCGACGACCUCGACGCCUCCGACGUCGAAGCCGCAAAAUCCAACCCUCACGUGAGCGACUGCGCACGAGCAUACGAUGAACUCCAAGACGCAGCCGCGCAGUUCAGAGAAGGCAAGGUCGUCGAGGGAGAAGAGGAGGCGAUGCGGAAAUUCUACGAGAACGCUCACGAGCGGGUGCGACUCCAUGGUGAGAUUUCGUCGGCUCUGCAUCGAUACCGGAAAGCGUUACUGGACGAGCAUCGGAUCCAAACGCUGCCCUCGCCAUCCUCAACAGCGCUAUCGACAUUCAAGAGGAUCUUGCGGCCGGCGAAGCAAACUCCGCUGCUCACGGGGUACGACGGCAAGAUCGCGGACCGGACAUCUGAUCUCGUCGCGCUGGGUCAGCCUGGUGAAGAUGACCGUUUAAGCCGCUUCCUCCGCUACACAUGCGGAUACUGUCUGCGGGACCGCAAACUCACUGCUUCUCGCUCAUCCUCCCCAGAAGCAAAGAUAUAUUACUACCCCCCUCGCCGAGUGCAGAUGCUGAGUUACAGCGUCAGCGUCAUAUUCUGCGGGAUCCUGUUGGUGGGCGCCAUGGCGUGUCUGGGGGCGAUUGAGCGGCGGUCGUGGAAGCUGAGGAUCGCCAUGGUUUCUGUAUUUACGGGGCUGUUUGCUGUGGUUGUGGGGCUGUUGAGCGGGGCGAGGAGGGCAGAGGUGUUUGGGGCUACGGCGGCGUAUGCGGCUGUGCUUGUUGUUUUUGUUGGGUCGAACGUUGGGGUGGGAAAUGGAGGGUAG